AUUUAAGAUUUAAAAAAAUUAAAUUAUUUAUUAUAUUUUAUAUAAAAAUUUAAAAAAAUUAUAAUGAUGAAAUGAAAAUUUUAAAUUACCAAACCUGCCCUUAAGAGCUGCCACUUUGCAAAAUCACCGCAUCUUUGCUUCACGGCUGUAUCGCCCAGACCAUGAUGGCCAGCAAACAUGAAGAUGAUCCAAAUGAACCAGUAAAUGAACAAGCAGUUGCAAAUAAGUAUGCUGCCAUGAGGUCUGAACUCAAUCAAAUUUACUCAAAAAUCACUGAAUUAGAGAUGGAAGCGAGUGAGCACUCAUUGGUAAUCAAUGCUAUUGAGCCGCUUGAACCAUCUAGGCGGUGCUACCGGAUGAUUGGAGGUGUUCUGGUGGAGAGAACCAUCAAAGAAGUGUUGCCUGCUGUCCACCGGAAUAAAGAGGGGCUUGAGGAGGUUAUUGCUAGGCUCAAUGAGGCCUUGGAGAAGAAGAAAAAGGAUAUUGCUGAGUUGGAGACCAAGUACAAAAUUAGGAUCAGAAAGACCGAUGGUGAGAUGAAGGAUGAUGGUAGCGAGAAAGGAGGUUCUUCCCAGGGAGUCUUGGUUGGCCCUGCGAGUGGAAGUGAAUGAUGGGUGUUGUAAUAUUUGCCCCUUAAUUUUCUCGAACUAGUUGAUACAUUUUUUACUCUAGCUUUCUACUGGGUAUUGAAGACUGGGUGUAGGCUGAUGGUAGAUGCUGAAUCUGAUUUUGUGAUUUUUGUGCGACGAAGGUGCAUCUGGCUUUCCAUUCAUACAAAUGGUACUAUGUAAUUGUUGAGCAUGAGCAGGAUUAUCUUCUAUAAUUUUACAGGUACAAUACAUUUUUUGUGUGUUUUUUGGUCCGAGUAAUAAUAGCUUUGUCGGUUUAUAA